AUGGCGCCUCCUAUCCCGUAUUCAACUCCAGGCAACCCAGCCGAUGCCCAAGGAGACAACCUAGUCUCUUACCUGGUACGCAUGUACGAAGUACUCAACAACCCAAUCUUCCGACACGUCUCCGCUCUCUCGGUACAUGAGGAUCUCCAUUUCAAGCCACGGAUCAGCAAGGCAACCGAUGAGAAGAAAAGAUGUUUCGACUACAUCCUAAAUACCGAGUAUCCAUCCCUACCUCCCAAUCUCGCCACACGACUCCGAGAUUUAGGAAUCAAAUUCCUCCUCCGCACAGCACAAGUAUGCAUUCGAGAACACAACCCCGACGAAGCCGAGAAGCAUACAAAAGACGCAAUUAAUAUCGCAAAGUCCAUUCCAGAUGAAAUUCUCACCUCCAGAUGCCAAUUCUGGCUUGGUCGCGUCGAGUUCCUCCGCGACAACUUCGAUAAGGCUCAUACACACUUCACCGCGGCACAGAACUCCGUCAUGGAUGAUUAUUGCAUUGAAGGUGAGGAGGUACGCUUGUACAUGGAUAUCACACGCCAUGGGAUAAGUGAGGAAAGUCGUGCUCGCAGAUUAGAGGAUUACAAACGCGCUUGUGAGGCUGGUGUCCGAUACGAGCCUUCAAAUAAUGACUCGAUCUCCCUUUAUUCCCGCAAGCGUAAGCGGCCCAUCAAGACUUGGAAGGGUAUCCUUCAGAAUCCAGAGCGAGGUAUCGAGCUUCCUGUCAUUCUCAGUGAGCCACUUUGUGGUAAAAUCUCGCCUAUCUACGAUGGACUACGACCACAGGCUCCAAAGUCGACAGUUGAUUCCUUGAAGGCCACGCAGGGGUUUGAUUCUGCUUCUGAUCUUUCCCCUGCCCGUCCCAACACAGUCUCGAAAAGCUCUAACCCAAUCCCAUCCAUCGAGUUCGUCGUCAAUGACGACAAGAUCCACGAGCCCUACCGAUUCGGUAUCCCAGUUGAGGCUUCUCAGAUAAAGAAAUUUACAUUUGGCUGCGUCCAUAUCGGCGUUUCAAAACGCUCCCGUCCAACGAAUAUUUUUCCACGUCAACCUGGUGAGUUUGUGAUGUCCAACCGUGACUGGGAGUCCAUUGAGAAGCGGGCUCGCACGGAAAUUGUAACUAUGGAUUAUUUGAGACGUGAGAUGGAGGGAUUGGCUAUGGUUGCUGAAGACAUCUGA